UUGUCGCCGGGUGGAGGGCAGUUGGCUACGCUUCUGGAAGUUAAAGACCUUAGGACACAUUUCUUCACCUUUGAGGGGGUUGUUAAGGCCGUUGACGGUGUUUCCUACGAGGUUGAAGAGGGGGAAACCCUGGGUCUUGUAGGUGAAAGCGGCUGUGGAAAGAGCGUGAGCGCGCUCUCACUCAUGCGCUUGAUUCCAGACCCGCCUGGCAAGAUCAUGGCCGGCGAAUUGCUUUUCGAAGGCGAGGACAUCUUAAAAAUAGACAUGGACGACAUGCGGCGUAUCCGAGGCGCCAAGAUGUCAAUGGUAUUUCAGGAGCCCAUGACCUCGCUGAAUCCUGUGCUGACUCUCGAGAGGCAAAUCAGUGAAACACUACAGUUGCACCGGGGGAUGAACCGCGAAGAAGCCAGAAACGAAUCGAUAGACUUAUUAGCGCGUGUGGGUAUACCAGACGCCGAACGGCGCAUCAGGCAAUAUCCUCACCAGUUCAGCGGCGGAAUGCGGCAGAGGGUGAUGAUUGCGAUGGCCUUGAGCUGCAACCCCAGGCUUAUUAUUGCUGACGAGCCGACUACCGCUCUUGAUGUGACGAUUCAGGCCCAGAUACUGGAGUUGAUGAAGUCACUUACUAGUGAGUUCGGAGUAUCCUUGAUUGUAAUUACCCACAACCUUGGAGUGGUGGCCCGCUACGCUGACCGCGUGAAUAUCAUGUAUGCCGGCAAGAUCAUCGAGCGGGGAACUGCGAGAGAGGUUUACGCCAACCCGAGGCAUCCCUACACUGUGGGUCUUCUCAAGUCCGUGCCUCGGCUGGAUCUUCCCAGGCGCGCAAAGCUUGAUCCGAUUGAAGGUCAACCGCCUGACUUGAUUAAUCUGCCUGAAGGUUGCUCCUUCCGUGACCGGUGCCGUUGGGCGGUGGACAAGUGUGCCACAGACGCUCCUCCCCUAAUGCUGAUGAACGAAGGUCACUGGUCGGCAUGCUGGCGUUCCGAUGAGUUGGGGUCCUCUGCGUUGGAAUUCGUGCUUGAUCCUGACGAGAUUGAAGGAUCCACCAAUGGCACUGCGGUUGCCGAUUCAGAAUCGAGUGAAGAAAACUAG